GUUUUAAUCCUCGUGAAUGUUAAAGAGCGCGUGAAAAAAGGGAACGUCAUGGUGUGUUACUAUGACUCUCAGCUCGAUCCAUCACAUUUCCGUUUGAUUCAAGCAUCUGUUCCUGAAGUUUUAAAGUGGUUCAGCGAUUUGUCCGCUUCUAAGCGUGUAGAAUUUGUUUGUGGCUUACUUCAGUUAUCUACACCACCAGAGCUAAGGUUCUACGGCAGCUGCUUGGAAGAGAUUGCCCGUCAAGAUUAUGAAAGUCUCCAUGAUUCUGAAAUACAAGCAAAUGCACCUAUGGAAAAUUAUGGUGUUUUAACUUUGUAUAAUACUGUGCCAUUGAAUUCUGGUAUUUCCACUUUGGUAACUCCGAUUUCUAUCCCGAUUCCUCCCUCAUUUAUAAUAUUAAAUAACAACCCAACAUUGCGAUCUAAACUUAUUAUCAGUCUUUCACUACUUAAUUCUACAAAUAUCCCAGCAGCUACAAGUUAUUUUGAAAUGUUGAUGACUGAUGAGAGCGACACACAUUCACCGAAUGAUCCGCAAUUACCGACUGCCAUAUUUAAAACAUCUUCGCUUGUAAAAUGUAAAUCGUCUAAGAGUGGGUCUGUUUCAUCAGACGAUAGUGAUGAUGAAUUGUCUUCAGCAGACAUUUUAAGGACUAUUAACCCGCAAGUCUUAGAUGAAAUCAUGCUCAUUUAUACACUUGCUGCAUUUCAUCCUGCUUUCUCUUUUGAUCAGCGACAACGUUUGUAUAAGCGUUUAUCGAUUGUAAAAGCUUUAUCUGACCACUCCGUAAAAAUUACUCAACUCGCCAAUCAGUAUAAAGAUCCAAAUAAACAUGCCCUUGGCGGGUGGACAAAUCCCCCUCGGAAAUCACAGUCUCCAUCUAACUAUAAACACCAUUCCUGUCUAAAUUUUCCUGCCAGAUCUAAUGUUCCACUGUGUCCUGCAUCAAGACAAUGUCGUUUUCACGGUAACCGAAGCUCCAUCAAUCAAGACUCCAAUAAUAAUCUUUCUACAAAGUAUUCACAUUGCGGUUAUUUUCUGUGUCAUUGCUCACAAUGUCAUUAUCGGGGUUCUGUAACACGUUCAUUACGCCGGCAUAGUUUACCGUCAGAUUGUUUGCGUAGUUGUGGAUAUGAAAGUGACGAGAACAAUAAGGAACUUAUUCCAAUUAUCAAUCCAAAUACCGUAGAUAUGCAUUUUAACAAUAAAAGUGAUACAUUAGAUGUAUCCUCGGUGACAAGUAUUCAAACUGAUUCAUCAUCUAUCAGUAGACCAGAUGAUUCAUUGGAGUCUACUAACCGACGAAGGCGUGAUGCUUUCGGGAGAUUUGAUGCUAUUACUACUACUACCACCACUACUAUUACUACCACUGCUGCUAGUAGUAAUCAAAGUUCAAAUGAUGAACACUAUCCUAGAACUGCACGUUGUUUAUCGUGUCGAGAAUACGAUAGUCAAACUAGUAAUGGAGAGUUGUCUAUUCAUGAUUCUGAUUUGAAUUACCUUAAAGAAGUACAUCUUUGGUUAAAAAAUCCUAAUCGAUCAGUUACUACUGGUGAUCAAUUUAAUUCUCCAAAUACAAUAUCGACAAAAUCGUCAAUAAGUUUAUCGACUUUAUCCGAUAAUAUUCACACAUCUUUUUCAUCUAUGUUAUUAUCAAAUUCUCAGUCUACAUCUAAAUUACAUAUAUCUGAUGUAAUGGAUUCAUCGUUGUUAACCAAGAACGAUACUACUACUACUAAUAAUAAUAAUAACAAUAAUGAUAAUAAUAAUUCCAGUUGUUUAAAACAAACACUUCCAGCCAGUAUUUAUGAUAAUCGUCUGGACUUGUCUGCUGACUGCCAAUCUGUUAGCGAACUAUGCAUAAAUACAACAAAAACCUUAACAGCUUCUGAUGGGACUUCCAUUUACAAAGAUCUAAUUCGGUCAUCUGAGGAGUUUACUUCGUGUUCACCGCCGAUUAACUUGAGUUCAAUAAAUAAUUCAAUGUAUUCCUCGUCAUCUACAUCUAACGGAAGAGUUGUAGCCACAACAUCAAGUUCCGACUUUCGUUUCGGUGCUGAGAAAUGCUUGAAAACAAUAUCAGACUUUUGCCCCUUAUUUCCAAAGCGUCAUAGUUCCGGUUCUUCUCCAAUUUCCACACCACCUUCUGAAGAAAGCAGUUCUGACUCCACUGCACUAAAAGCAUCUUCACCGGAAUAUUGGACUCCAAAAGGUGCAUCACGUUAUGUUCGUGGAAUGUACACACCAUACCAAUCUCACAGUCAAACAUUUCGUCCUGUUGUUAAUGAUUCUCGAGAAUCUCAAAUAAAAAACACUUCCUCUUCAAAUCGAUCAUCUCAAACAUCUCAUUCGAUGGUUGUAUCACAGUCCAGUAGUAUAUCAAAGCGCAAAUCUUACAAUCAGUUCACCUUGGAGGAUUUCCCUUCAUUGUCAACUUUACGUUCCAUGGUCAAUGCAGAAUCAUCAAAUGUUUCAACUAAACAUAAUAAAACGAAUAAUCAAAAAUUCAAUUCUUUUAAUAAUAUCAAUCAUAGUUGUAAUAAUAGUAACGACAAUAAUAAUACAUGUACUCGUCAAUUGUCAAUCACAUGCGCUACUAUUCCCGCGUCCUCGUGUGAAUCAUCUAAUAGUGUACAAAAUUCUCAAUUGAAUUUUGAUAAACUUACAGUUGUUUCUAACUACAUGAAACAUUGUGACAAUGAUAAUACGGUUGUAAAACCAAUCCCAUGCAAUUCAACUGUUAAUAAUCAAUUGGAACCAACUUUUUUCUCUUCCAAUUCAUCAAAUUUUCUUCCAAUUAUGAUAACAAAUUCAACUACUUGUUCACAUAUAUCUGUGUUAUCACGUGCUAUCACUAGUACUACUACCACUACUAUAUCUGUCUGUACUACUUGUACUGAUACUACUAACAGUAAUAAUUUUGCCAUCUCACCACAUUAUUGGAUGUUACCUGAAGGUCCUAUACCAGUACUUCCUUCAGCAUUAUAUUCACCAUAUCUACUACCUACAUCUACAAUUUUAGAAAAUUUCCAGUCUAUGCAAAGACUACCUAUGCUAUAUCAGUGGACAGUCCAACCGGCGGACACAUCUAAUAAUAGUAUUAGUUGUAUUAACAAUGUAUGUGCAUCUUUUAUACCAUAUUUAUCGCCUUGUGUUGGUAUUUUCACUACAAACUCUGUGAAUAAUAAUAAUAAUAAUAAUAAUAAUAGUGAUGAUGGUACACAAUGUGCCAAAAUGAAUAUUCCGGAUACUAAUACAAUUUAUCAUUCCUCUCAAGAAUCUGAUAACGACGAACACGAUAAGGAUGAUGAUCAUAAACAAAGUGAUAUCGAGAAGAAAGAGAAGAAAAUGAAAGGACUAGAAAGUCCAUUACAUUCUACCAGUAUCACUGAUGCCUUUAUAAAUAUUAAUAAUAAUAACAAUGUUGAGGUAACUACGAACAUCAUUCCUCGUGAAACUACAAAUUCUUCAAUUUGUAAUUCUCAGCUGGAACUACUUCAAAAAGACUUAUUUCCACAAUCAUACAUCCUAUUGCCUUCAUACCCUCCUACUCCCAUCCCUGCUACUACCACUAACAUUCUUCCAUAUUCAACUUCUAAUAUAUAUGUGAAUACCUUAAAUUCCUGCGGCAUAGUGCAAAAUUCACCAGUUUGCCAAGCAAGUACAACCAUAACAACGACAAUUUGUAAUAAUAAUAGCGGUGGUGGUGGUAUCGAUUUGAUUACUAAUAGUAAUAAUUUGCCUACAAAUCAUCAACUGAAUACAACUAUGAUGAAGCAACUGAAUGACGAACGGAAUUUACCAGAUAAUAAAAAGAUAAAUGUGUCAAACGAUACCAAUAUCUGCCCAAUAUCACAUGAAAAAACGUUUAAUAGUAUCAACGCCACAGGGAAUAGUACAACCUCACCUUCCUUUGUUACUACUGAUACUACCGUUUUAACAACGAAUUUGAACAUAAAUCGUAUCCAUUCAUCUAACCGCCUAAUACCUCACCAAUCAUAUGGCUCUAAUCGUAUUGAUGUAAUCAAUACGGAAGAAACUCAUAAAAAUCCACCAGUAAAUACUGCCGAGAAUUGUGACUGUUCAGAUUCUACCAACAGUAAUAAAUCUUAUCCGUUAUGGUCUGCUAGUGAGACUGUUUGUAAUCCUACCUGGCUCUAUCCUCGAUUUCCUGCUCGACCUGAUUCUUCAAAUGGUCUAACCUCCAGUACUUCCGGUUCCCAGCGUACUUAUCCUACUCGUGGUUACUCACCUAUGAAUUUCAAUAAUUCCGUUCUACCACGUGGCUAUAAUCAACCUCCAAUUGCCAGUUCAUUUUAUUAUACACAACACCCUGGUUUACCAUUAGUUCCAAAUUCUGUAUCCAGUCAUUCACAGUUUAUUGGUUCAGUCCCUAAUCCAAAUGUGCACUUCCAACAACCACAUCCCUUGUACGGUUUAGUUCCUAGUGUAUCUUCAACUUCCGGGGCAUCACUAAAUGGAUACCCAGGAAUUCCUAUUCUUUCAAACUCAAUUAAACCCAACAUUUCUUCUGUAGGUCAGUCAUCAGUAGCGUCAGUUGAUCCUAUGCCAACAGCAGCCUUAUUACAAAAUGCUUUGAUUCAAAUACCAAACGUUCCUUUGCUACAGAACUUCGUGCUACAUCCUCCUUUACAUCCAACAUAUCCUCCUCCGAUACCAAAUUUACCAGCUAAUUGUGCCCAUAAUCCUGCCAUGACGAUUUCUUCUUGGUCAUCAAUAAAUGGACCUAGAAUAGUCAGUUGUUACAAUUGUGGUCAGCCAGGACAUAAAGCUAACGUUUGUCCAUCUAGAUGGUCUAGUCAACAAUUAUCAGAAAGUAAGCAAAAAUAACUCCUCCCUUAGUUGAAUUGAUAGAAAUAUCAUUUCCUUUAUGCACUCCUACCAAACUGAUCCCGUGACUUUAUUUUUAUGUUGAAGAAUUUUGAUGUUUUUUUCAGAAUGAUUAUUUUAAUCUCAUCUUGUGUAUGCUUCAUAGCGCUCUAGAUGUUUCUUAUCGACAAGAAACGUUAUUAUCUGUUAAGCAUAUCUCUUAAUCGGAUGUGGUAAGAUGAUCGUACAGUAUAAACAUAUAUAAAUAAUUGUCGGAAGCGGAAACCUAUUAUCUAAAAGCAGAGUAUUUUAAACAACAAUCCUCCAUUCUUCCAAAUGAUAUCUUACGCCGUGAACCACAUUAUUGAUAUUCAUAUUCGACACAACCUUAGUGGUUGUGACACUACUUUCAAUCAUUGAUUCUCAGCUUCGAUUCCUGUUCUAUUGGCUUCGGCUUGGACAAUCGAGUAGUAUUAUCAGGUAUCCUUCAUGCAUAGAAUACUUGUCGUAUGAUAAGUUUUCAUUCGUUUUGUAUGAAUGUUAAUUUUUAGUACAUUUCCUAGUUGAUUAGUUAUUUAUUGAAUUUAUUAUUUUCUCACUUUAUCGAUUAGUCUAUAUUUGUGUGUACUAGACUACAGUCCAUAAUAAGUUUGUGCGUGUGUGAAAACAUUCAUCGAAUUAGAAAAUCGAGAGAAAGAGAGAGCGAGAAAAAAAAGAAGCGAUACACUUAACGUAUCUAUCGAUUUGACCUUCUCUCUAAUUUUUAUAUCGGUGUUUACUAUCAAAAUAAAUAAAUCAGACAAAUUUUUUAUUUUGUUUUAAAAAAGUAUCUGUUCAUUAAGGUGAUAUAUACAAACACCAUGCUCUAAAGCCCAAUUAUUAAAUCUAUAAUCCUUAUAGUAGAAGUAUGACUUGUCAUAGUCUUGUAUAUACGAACCACAUGGAUAUUUAGUUAUGCUAUUAAUGUGAAUAUUUAACUUGUAAAUCUUUUCAUUCAUCAAUCUCUUGAGUUGAGUCUUUAUUUUUAAUAUGAUAUCGUACUUUAUACUCGAAUUAUAUUCUGCUUUUGUUUAGUUUCAGUUUUUUGAUUGUUAAUAUUAUGAUUCUAACUCUUUUUUAUCGAUGUGAUGUUAAUUUACCAUCUCUUCAAUGGUGUAUAGAGUAGUACGGGGACAUGUGGAAACGGACACAUUUGUACCAGAUACUAGUUCGUUUGCGUAAAGUAAUAAUGUAUGGUGAUAUUUACAUGUAUAAUAGAAUUCUCCUAACUUACUCUUUCCUUUAAAACAGUUGUUUAUAACUUCAUUUGACUGUUAUACAUAGAUUGUUGCAGGAAUAAAAGAGGCUAUCAAUAACAGCGUUGUAUUUUGUAGUUUAAUUUUAAAAUCCAUUUUUUUUACUUAAACAUAAAUAUUGGUACAAGGAAGC